UUCUUAAAUCCCAGCGUGCCCCACCCUUUCCCUUCAUUUCUACCAUAUUGGCGAGGCUGAGAGCUUCUCCGCCACUCUCCUCGCGAGCUCCACACAACUCUCUCUCGCGCGCGCGCGCGCGCGAAAACCCUAGCUUUUCUCUCUCCAAGAGCUCUCUCAAAAAUCCAACCAUUUAUUUGAUCAAAUUCCUCCUCUCCAGAUGCUGCAGAUCGACGUCGCCAGCAAAAUCCAAUGCAUCGAACUUCGUCCGAGCUUCCUCACCGUUUCGGCCCUGUUACACGCUCGAAAUCCCUGUCUCAGACCUCGAUUCCGCCCGAUUACAACCUCUCUAAAUCAAACCCUCAGAAUCCAUAGCAGUUCCAUUAAAAAAAGCGGUUAUUUCAACCCUAGAGGGAAAAACCCUAGGGUUUCUGCAACAGUUUCGACGGUUGCUGUCGAGACAUCCGUCGCAGAGACCACUGACAUAGAAGACAUAGAAUCCUUGUUCUCAGAGACGUCUGUCAAUGAGACCCGUCAGAAGAGGAGCAGCAAAUCGUCAGGUAGCGGUGCCUCGAGUGUUUCUUCCGGCGUGAGGUUAGAAAACAUCAGUAAGAGCUUCAAAGGUGUUACUGUUUUGAAGGAUGUGAGCUGGGAAGUGAAGAAAGGGGAAAAGGUCGGUUUAGUGGGUGUUAAUGGUGCGGGGAAAACAACCCAAAUGCGGAUUAUUGCUGGGCAGGAUGAACCAGAUUCUGGAAAUGUAAUUAAGGCGAAAUCCAAUAUGAAAAUUGCAUUUUUGAGUCAAGAAUUCGAAGUUAGUCCUAGCAAAACAGUAAAGGAGGAGUUCUUGAGCGCAUUUAGAGAGGAGAUGGAAAUUGCUGGGAGACUGGAGAAGGUGCAGAAAGCGCUCGAGAAGUCAGUGGAGGACUUGGUGUUGAUGGGGCGGCUUCUGGACGAAUUGGAUUUACUUCAGAGCCGGGCGCAGGCAGUGGAUCUCGACGAGGUGGACAUGAAGAUUAGUAAGAUGAUGCCAGAGCUUGGGUUUUCUCCAGAAGAUUCUGAGCAGUUGGUGGCGUCAUUCAGUAGUGGAUGGCAGAUGAGGAUGUCACUCGGAAAGAUCCUGCUUCAGGAACCUGAUUUACUCCUUCUGGAUGAGCCUACCAAUCACCUUGAUCUAGAUACAAUUGAGUGGCUUGAGGGUUACCUUAACAAGCAAGAUGUUCCUAUGGUCAUAAUAUCUCAUGACAGAGCUUUCCUUGAUCAGCUGUGUACAAAAAUUGUGGAAACAGAUAUGGGAGUAUCGAGGACAUAUGAGGGGAAUUAUUCCAAAUAUGUAUUAGCAAAAGUGGCAUGGGUAGAAGCUCAAAACGCAGCUUGGGAGAAGCAGCAGAAGCAAAUUGAGCAUACGAAAGACAUAAUAAGCAGGUUAGGCGCUGGAGCCAAUGCUGGCCGUGCGUCCAGUGCAGAAAAGAAGCUGGAAAAACUUCAAGAUGACGACCAAGUUGAGAAGCCAUUUCAACGGAAACAGAUAAAGUUCAGAUUUCCUGAGCGUGGAAGAAGUGGAAGAUCUGUAGCAAUGAUUAAGAAUCUAGAAUUUGGAUAUGGUGACAAGGUGCUUUUCGAUAAGGCAAACCUUUCGAUUGAGAGAGGGGAGAAAAUUGCCGUCAUUGGCCCAAAUGGAUGUGGGAAGAGUACUUUGCUUAAAUUGAUUAUGGGUCUUGAGAAACCAAGAGGAGGUGAAAUUUUGAUUGGGGAGCACAAUGUCCUGCCAAACUAUUUUGAGCAAAACCAGGCGGAAGCUCUUGAUUUGGAGAAAACUGUGGUUCAAACAGUAGCAGAAGUUGCAGAGGACUGGAGAAUAGAUGAUAUAAAAGGGCUCCUGGGUCGCUGUAAUUUUAAAGCAGACAUGCUUGACAGAAAAGUCUCACUUUUGAGUGGUGGUGAGAAGGCACGGCUUGCUUUUUGCACGUUCAUGGUGAAACCAUCAACUUUGCUGGUUUUGGAUGAACCGACCAACCACUUGGAUAUACCAUCAAAAGAGAUGCUUGAGGAAGCUAUAUCAGAGUACCAGGGCACUGUCAUCACUGUUUCUCAUGAUCGAUACUUCAUAAGGCAGAUAGUCAAUAGAGUGGUGGAGGUCAAGGACAGAAAUCUUCAAGACUAUGCGGGUGAUUACAAUUAUUAUCUUGAGAAAAACCUUGAUGCUAGAGAAAGAGAACUCGAACGUGAGGCAGAUCUUGAAGAAAAGGCCCCGAAAGUGAAAGCCAAAUCGAAGAUGUCGAAGGCUGAAAAGGAAGCAAGGAAGAAGCAGAGAACGAUGGCAUUUCAGCAGGCAAAAGCAAAAUCAAAGGGAAUGAAGAAUGCAAAGCGCUGGAACUGAUCCUGAGGGCCAAACACAUACUGUAACUAAUCACAAAUUUAAAAGGUAAAGAAGCAAAAGCCACCAGUUUGGUGCUCUUGCCAUGUAUAUACACAUUCUAAAUCAAAUUCAUUAUGUUUAAAAUAAUGUAGCGAAAGCUGCAUAGUGAGGUAGCCAUUUGACAUUCAACGGUCAGAUGUCGAUAUUGGGAAAUGAGAUCACACCCGUUUUAUAGUAAAUUGGCUGUUUGGUUGUUCUGCUUGAA